CCUGUGCCGCAGUCAUUCGGGAUGAGCCGGGGGUGGUGACCCGCCGGGCAGCUGCUGCCAGGCGGGGCAUUGUUUCAUAUAGGGGUGUGAAGCAGGACACUGCAGCAGCUCUAGGGCAUUUUUUGCAGGCAGUUCAUCACAGGAGGAGGGGACGUGGACACAAAAAUACUUCAGGAUGAUUCAUGCUGGUGGAUACAAAGGAUACAAUGACUUGAAAAUCAAGCAUAUACUGUACAAUGGAUUGCACUGCAUGAACUGAAACUAGCAAAGUCUAAAUUGAGUCCAGAGUAGAAAACACUGUAAAUACAUUAAUGUGGUACUACACAGACUAAUAAACCCCACUGAGAGCCAGCAAGCUGCAAAUCUGUGUGGUACUGGACUUGCCAGGAUGAAAACCUCAUGUAAACUCUGUGUUUUUUCCAUCUUGCUGCUUUACACAAUAUGGAUAUGCAUGACAUCACAUGAGAAAAGCUAUCAAUUCGUGGAGAGCUGCAAUGAAAUCACUUCAGGUUCUAGACGACUGCAUUUCAAACAGCCUUUCUGCUAGUUCCGCCUUAAAAAGGAACGCACGAGUUGUUGAAGUGAUUAUGAUUUAAUUCUGAUGGACUGGACCUUGUUCACUUGGAAUACUUAUUUCAUUUUAAAUGCAGGCUGAGGAUUCACAUGCUCACAUCUCUUUGUUUAAGACCUGAGCUAUCUCACGAGUUACUUUUAAAAUCCUUGAUGCUGCUGGCAACACCAGCUCCCAGCGGAUGACUCAGUGCUGCUCACAUUAUUAUUCUAAUCUCUGUCAGCCAGAACAUCGCUAGCGGGGUGUUACAGUGAGACUGCGCACAGGCAGUGGGGCCCCGCGGUGCACACAGAGAGGCUGUGCACCUAGCAGCAUGUCAGCAGUGCGCAGGAAGUUUGGGGAUGUGUACCAGGCAGUGGACCUGGCCCACUGCAGUACCCGCAGGCAGCGGCAGCGCUUUGUGGACAAGAACGGGCGCUGCAACGUGCAGCACGGAAACCUGGGUGGUGAGAGCAGCCGCUAUCUCUCUGACCUCUUCACUACACUGGUGGACCUCAAGUGGCGCUGGAACCUGCUCAUCUUCCUGCUGACCUACACGGUGGCCUGGCUGGUCAUGGCCUCCAUGUGGUGGGGCAUCGCCUACCUGCGAGGUGACCUGCACCAGGCACAUGAUGAGACCUACAGCCCGUGCGUGGCUAACGUGUACAACUUUCCCUCCGCCUUCCUCUUCUUCAUCGAGACCGAGGCCACCAUUGGCUAUGGGCACCGCUACAUAACUGAGCGCUGCCCUGAGGGCAUCGUGCUCUUCCUCUUCCAGUCGCUGCUUGGCUCCAUUGUUGACGCGUUCCUCAUCGGCUGCAUGUUUAUCAAGAUGUCGCAGCCCAAGAAGCGAGCCGAGACCCUUGUGUUCAGCCACGCUGCAGUGGUCUCGCAGCGGGACAGUAAACUGUGCCUCAUGUUCCGUGUGGGCAACCUCCGCAACAGCCACAUGGUGUCUGCCCAGAUCCGCUGCAAGCUGAUCAAGUCCCGACAGACACCAGAGGGAGAAUUUCUGCCACUAGACCAGUGUGAACUGGAUGUCGGAUUUGGAACUGGAGCUGACCAGCUGUUUUUAGUUUCCCCAUUAACUAUCUGUCAUGAAAUUAACUCCAAGAGCCCCUUUUUUUGUCUCUCACAAAGAUCAUUAAGAAGUGAGCAGUUUGAAAUAGUUGUUAUCCUUGAAGGAAUCGUUGAGACUACAGGAAUGACAUGUCAAGCUAGGACGUCGUAUACAGAAGAUGAAGUUCUUUGGGGUCACAGAUUUGUCCCAGUAAUGUCCUUGGAAGAUGGCUUUUUCCACGUUGAUUACUCUCAGUUUCAUGCUACGUUUGAAGUCGCCACUCCUCCUUACAGCGUUAAAGAACAAGAAGAAAACCUGUGUCUGUCAUCAUCUCUUAUGAACAGUCCUAUUAGCAACAACAAAAGCAGAAGAGAACAGUUUUUUUCACUUGACUGCACUGAUGUUGCAGGAGAGAAAAACAAGCUUCCUAGUAAAUUUCAGAAGAUUAGCUCAAGAAAGGAAGACCUUCCAAGAAAGGCCUUGAGAAUGAGUUCCAGCAAUGUAGAGAAGACUUGCAGUACCGGAGAUCUCUUGAAAAUUCAACAGAUAAAUCCCAUCUCCAACAGCAAAGAUUGUGAUGAAGAGAUACAACUGAAAGCCUUAAAAAUCAAAGCAGAGUCUUUGACUCUGUCUACUGCACAUCUUGAAUUCCAAAAGAAGUCUCCAAACGUGUGCACUCUAGAGAUGAAAUUGGAAGAUAAUUUGCCUGCCAAACUUCAAAAAAUGAAGUCUGAUCACCUUUCUUAAGAGCAGAAGCAACAGGAGUUGAUACUGAUAAAUUACAUUCAAGAUUGCUGACCUAAAGAGUUGUCUUAUACUAAUAGCUAGAACCAACGAUAGUAAAUGCUGACGGAGAGGAAAGCCGGACAGGCGGUCUUUUUGUGAUUAAUACCUAAGGAACGAAGUGAAUGAAACGAGGAAGCAAAAAUGCAGUAGACCCCUGAUACCCCCAGCAACUGCUGCAGAAGGAGGUGUUCUGCCACCGGCAAGUAAGGCGACUGCUGGUAACGACUGUUUGUUAUUUCGGCCUCCCAGAGGCAGUACUGAAGGCUAAGCAACCCUUUCCUGCCCUGUGGAUACCGUUAACUGCAUCCACCUUAGUUUUGCUUUGGCUGUUUGUGUUUUGUCUUGUUAUCCUACGUGUGCAGAUAGAAAGGGAAGGAUACAACACUUACACUUUCAGACGAAUUGCCACGGCCGAAGUUGAAGAGAUCAGAAAAACCAUAAGCAAGCUGAGGUGCGAAAACCACGUGGAACCAGCCAAGAGCCGUCUCCGUCUCCCGCAAACAAAAGCCCGUCCUUCCUGACUAGGAAGGCUCACUGUUAGUAGCGAUCGAAAUAAUAGAUCACAGAUGUAUAACGAAGGUGUUCAUAACGUUGGGGAACAACUGCACACUGCCAUGAAGAAUUACAGGUCCCACCCUCAGACCUCUGCAAGUUAUCACAUUUCAGGAGCAGCCAGGAGGAUCCAAAUGCCAGCGGAAAGGUUUGCCUACCAGUCCCGACAAGAAGCCUUCAGUCAUAGGAAGGUCGGCUGUGUCCUUACUUGUGCUAAGCGUAGUCUGGCCGUCGAAAGAGCGUUGCCGUCGCUGGGAGCUCUCCGCAGAGAUCUGCAUCUGGCCGCCGAAGACGAGCGGAAGGCGAGCCCAGGCUUGCGACGUGGACGCAGCUAAGUCCUGGGGCUGCGUUGCGUGUGAGCAGGGCUGGGACGUGGCAGUGGUUUUGCCCUUGGCGGUUACGGGCGUCACUGGCCGUGGAUGGUUGCCUGCGGAGCCGAGAGGAGCAAAACUAUCAACGGUCUGUGGGGGAGACGCAUUAGCAUUUGCGGCGUUUCAGAGCUGAAUCCUAUCCCCGAAGGAAAAAGCAGAAGGGGCAGGCUGUCGGCUACGCAGACACCUGCCGCCUCGGGGGCUGCGGCGGGAGCUGACCCUUCCCCGACGGACGGAUGGACGGACGGACGGUCGGACAGACGAACGCUGGCGUGGCGAUGACUCUUCAGGUGUCACGGGGUAAGGGGAAGCGUGCCGGCACCGAGCUCCGUGGCAGGCUCGCUCCCAGGUGGUGUUUCUGUGCAGUAAAACAAUAAACAGCCGCUUUAUU